CCCCCACCCUGUACCCGACCUCCAACUUCCUCAAUCAUGAACGCAGCAGUGACUAAUAUGGCGGUGAUGAUGGGUGCGAUGCAGGUGGCUAAGCGGAUCCCUUUUGAAGAAGAACCAGUGUACAUCGUGUAUGCCCGUGUGGCUUACAUCUCUGCACAGAUCCUAGUGCUGCUCAUCAACUUUUACAUGUCGAUGAAGGUCAAGAAGGCCAACGAUCUGACCGUCCUCAAGUACGUGGGACCCAAGUCGGCCAUGUCUCAAGAACCAGGCGAGCUGGUAACGACGACUCACAGGGACUAUGAUCUGCAGGAAAUCUCAAAGGCCAUGAGGGGAGUGUACAUGGGAAUGGCAAUGGUUGCCGGUAUGCAUUUCUACAUGGGAUACACAAACCCUCUGGUCAUCCAAUCUAUCCUUCCCCUCAAGAACGUCUUUGAGUCCAACGAAGCCAAGAUUUGGCUCUUUGGCAAGCAGGCUGCCGGUGAUCUCAAGCGACCUUUCAAGGCUGCCCCUGGACCCUUUGGAAUGGGAGCUGCUGGUGGACCGGCUACAGAUGCCGCUUCGAUCAAGGAGGCUGAGAAGGCUGGUGGGCUGGCAAAGAAGUCCGAGUAGAUGGCUUGAGACCGGGAGGUGUAGAGCAGGGAGAAGGGGAGGAAUUAGGGUGAGAGAUGUGGAGAUUUCGGCGGUGUGGGGGCUCAGUGAAGCCGUCUGUAGACUGGAGGAGGGCGGGUGCUGGCUACGCAGCAGGCAAAACUGUUCAUGGCCUCCCGCAUGCACUACACG